CGCGAGCCGGCUGCUGUUUGAAAAAAUGAAUGACACGCAUCCGGAGUAGUAGCUGUACACGCACACAGAGAGCUAGUGUGCGCGCGCCAGGGGGUAAACUGAAGACACCACGUCAAACAGACACACGAGACAAGUGGACGAGUGACUAACUGUACCGAGGAAUCCAGAUAAAGCGUCCCGGCAGCGAUGCAGUGUGAGUACUUCACCUCCGUGUUUCACUUUCUCUCUGUUCCUGGACGCGUUUCAUUCAACCUUCAGUUUAGAUCUCUUUAAGUGAGGAUUCCUGAAAACCUCUCAGCGGAUCGUUGGUUGAUAUCAGUUAAUUUUCCUCUGGUGUUGAUCCCAUAGGCUGAUUCACAAGGUUUAAUUAACAUUUGACUCCACAACUGCCUAACGUGGAUUGUUUUCCCAUAAUGCAAAUCUCAUUCUCCAGCUUCGUGAUUCAGUUUGAUUUCAACACAUUGUGUAAUGUUUGUGAUUUGACAGACUCAAGUCAGCUCCACUGAGAGCUGGUGUCUUGCUGGUGUCUUGGGUGGAACCCAUUUCCUCCAGCAGAUGCUGAUCUGGCCAGAUGUGGUCUAAUGUCACACAGAUGUUUUAAAAAAGACCCAUGAUGUGGUUCUGAAGGAGCUGAAUUGACUGAGACGUGUGUACAGAACUGGAUGGAAUGUGUUGGGUCUGCACUGGGAGGAGGAUGCUCCACUGGGUGAUGGAGCUGCACACCACAGGGGUCAUGCAGGGGAUUGAUUGAUGUAGUAGGUUGAUGAGAUUCAGGUGAUCUCACUUGGUUUUGGGUGAACAUGUUUCACAGGAGCAGUCAAGAGGAGCAGGUUGUUUGACGUGAAGAGAGAGGGAGAGAGCAGUGAGAACUGAAAGCAGGGGUGGGUGGGGUUCUGUGUGUUUCAACAGAGGAUUAACCUCACACUAGUUUGCAGGCAUGGGGGGGCUUUUGUUUUGGGGGAGAGUCCCCUCUGCAUUUUACUCUCUAGUCUGACGUUGUGAUCAUUCCUCUGGUUUAUUUAUUCACAAGACGCGUCUGUCUCCUUCAGUACUAAUCAGCCGUGAAGCACGAGAAGGUUUUUUUUUUUAAGUCUCAUGUUUCCAAACCGUUUGCCUGUGUGAAUGGAGCAGCUGUUGCCAUGCCCAACUCUGCUCCACUUUCAUAAUCCCCUCCCGAUUGCAUGGAGGCGAUAUGUGUGAUGUCAGUUUGCGCAGUGCUGUCGAUUCCAUCAGAUAAAUCAUCCACUGGCACUAGUUGUGUGGCCACAUUACAAGUGACCAUGUGUGAGCCCGCCACCGAAGCCGUGGCGAUGGAGCCCCCCCGAGCGGACGGCUUCCUGGAGUCGCCCUGUGGCGUGGGAGACAGCGCGGCCUCCCUAGAUGACAUCAUCAGAGACACAAACAAUGAGUCCUCAGAGGAAGAGUCCACAGGGGAAAGGGACGAGGAGGUUGGUGCCACUAAUGAAGUCACCAGCAGCACUAAGACGACAGAGGUCCCAGCUGAACAGGCCACAAACACACAAACAGUGAGCGCUCAGCGGCCCACCUCCCUGUCGGUGGCAGCAGCAGCAGCGGAGCUCGGCCUGUGGACCACACAGGGGGAUGCAGAGGUCAAGCUGAGGAUGGGCGACUCGGGCCUGGCUGCCGAGACCCCGCUGACCGUCGACCAGAUGUUCACCUCCGCUGUGGAGCGAUUCGGUGACAGCACGGCGCUGAGCUGGAAGGAGGGCGGGCAGAAGAAGAGCCUGAACUACAGAGACUACUACCAGUCCUGCCGCAUCGCUGCCAAGAGCUUCCUCAAGCUUGGUUUGGAGCGCUACCAUGGGGUCGGCAUCCUGGGCUUCAACUCGGCCGAGUGGUUCAUUGCUGACAUUGGAGCCAUUUUGGCAGGUGGGUUCGCUGUGGGCGUCUACACCACCAACAGCCCCGAAGCGUGUCAGUACGUGGCAGAAAACUGCAAGGCCAAUGUGAUUGUGGUGGAGAACCACAAGCAGCUGCAGAAGAUCCUCCAGGUUGAAGACCAGCUACCUCACUUGAAAGCCAUUGUCCAGUACAAAGACGCACUUGAAGAGAAGAGACCAAAUCUGUACACAUGGGAGGAGUUCAUGGCGCUGGGACGCGAUGAGCCCGACGCUCCCCUCGAUGCCAUCAUCUCCAGCCAGAAGCCGAACCAAUGCUGCACGCUCAUCUACACCUCAGGAACCACAGGCACCCCCAAAGGAGUCAUGCUGAGCCACGACAAUCUGACAUGGACCGCGCUCUCCACCAGCCGUCACGUGCGCCUGGUGGACGCCGAGUACGCCCAGGAGCAGGUGGUCAGCUACCUGCCGCUCAGCCACAUCGCGGCUCAGAUGGUGGACAUCUGGGUCACCAUGAGGGUCGGGGGGUUGACGCACUUCGCUCAGCCAGACGCCCUCAAGGGCUCUCUGGUAGACACCUUGAAGGAGGUGCGUCCCACAGCCUUCAUGGGCGUCCCUCGUGUCUGGGAGAAGAUGCAGGAGAAGAUGAAAUCUGUCGCAGCAAAGUCGUCGACCGUGCGCAGGAAAGUGGCGUCGUGGGCCAAAGACGUCGGUCUGCAGACCAACAUGACCAAGAUGAGCCAAAACGGAGCAGUCAGCCGCACAUCGGUCAGCUACCAACUCGCCAAAAAGCUUGUGUUCAAAAAGGUGCGCAAGGCCCUGGGCUUGGACCGCUGCAAGAAGUGUUACACGGGCGCCGCCCCCAUCACCAAAGACACGCUGGAGUUCUUCCUCAGUCUGGAUAUCCCUCUGUACGAGCUGUACGGCAUGAGCGAGAGCUCCGGGCCUCACACCAUCUCCGGCUCCAAUGCCUUCAAGCUCACCAGCUGUGGCAAAGAGAUCCCAGGGUGCAAGACGAAGCUGCACAAGAUCGACGAGGAGGGAAACACGGAGAUCUGCUUCUGGGGUCGCCACGUCUUCAUGGGGUACCUCAACAAGCCCGAGGCCACGGAGGAGGCUCUGGAUGCAGAGGGCUGGCUGCACUCAGGCGACCUGGGCAGACAUGACCAGAACGGAUUCCUCUUCAUCACCGGAAGGAUCAAAGAGCUGAUCAUCACAGCAGGGGGCGAGAACAUCCCCCCCGUUCCCAUCGAGGAUGCGUUGAAAAGGGCCGUGCCGCUGAUCAGCAACGCCAUGCUGAUCGGAGACAAGAAGAAGUUCCUGUCCAUGCUGAUCACCAUUAAGUGCCAGGUGAACGCUGACACCGGAGAUCCAGAGGACGAGCUGUCAUCAGAGGCCUUGGAGUUCUGCGGGAGCCUGGGCAGCAACGCCACGCGGGUCUCUGAGGUCGCCGGCGGCCGGGACCGGGCGAUCCACAACGCCAUCCAGGAGGGAAUCAACCGGGUCAACGAGAAGGCCCCCUCCAACGCUCAGCGCGUCCAGAAGUGGAUCAUUCUGGAUCGGGACUUCUCCGUCCCCGGGGGAGAGCUGGGUCCGACCAUGAAGCUGAAGCGCCCGGUGGUGGUGAAGAUGUACAAGGAGCAGAUCGAGAACUUUUACAAGGAGCUGGCGUCUCCGACGUCUCCCGACAACGCUGUGCCUCCCAAGUAGUGCCGCCCCCCCGCCCGCAGGGUGACUCGCUGACCCACUCCACCUCAUCCACACAACUUCUCCCUGUCGCCAUCUUUGUUUGUUAAGUUUUGCUCUUGUGUUCAUGUUUCGAUUUCCUUGAGUUCUGCUCGGUUUACAUUUGUGGGUGUUGUACAAAGAGAAAUGAGAAGAAGCCAUUUAAAAAUAGCUUUAUGAUUUUUUUAUUUUUUGUUUUUGAAGGUUCAAUAAGCUGAAUUCAACUAUUUAUUUGAUUUGCUGACGCGAUCAGCGGAGACAUCCGAUAGAUGAAGUGGCAGCAGCUGUUUGUAGGAAGUUAGUUUACGGUGCUCCGAGACUUGACGAGGAAAAAAAAAAAACAACAACUGUGUUAUUU